CAUUCUGUUAACCUGUUUAAGUAAGCUAAAGCGUGGCAGGAGUUUCACCUAGGAACCCACGUACCAAGUGCUAUGGUGAAUUUUAAUGCAUUCCAGGUCUGAUGUGGAAUAGAUUCUCCUUAGCUCUUUUAUUGUAUAUUUUCCUUAGGAUCUUGUAUUUAAUGAAACAGUUUGAGUAUGGAGGGUUGGAGGAGUACGUUUUGAAUCAUGAGACUUUCUUUGACAAACUUGUAAACUAAGUGGCUAAAAUAUGAACCAUGAUACUGAGAUAAAAAUAAGAAACUGAAUUUUUGGCAUUAUCAGUUUGAGAAGUUGACUUCUUUACUCCUGUUUUGAAACCCUGUUGACAUUUUAAUCUUAUGUACUACAGAAGUACAGAAUUUUCUGUUUGUAAGGGACUUUCGCAGUUUAAUCCAAACCCAUUAUUUCACAGGGAGAAAUUAAAGUUUCUUGAAGAUAUUUAACAACAGUUAAAUAGAACUGGUUGGCUUAAUGAACUGAAAUGAACACUUAAGUAUACAGUUUAGACCUCUCCGAUGAAUACUCUUGUGCCAAAAUUUGUUUUGAAUAUGUUAUCUUAAGAAAAGCCUAGUAAUUACUAAAUUUUCUUUUUUCUUUUUUCCUGUUUUGAGUAUAUGCCUUAGUAUGCCUUAGUUUAUGAUUUGGACCCAUUAGAUACAAAUGACAAAUUAUGUAUAGUUGGGAAAUGUUACAUUCCAUCAGUUGAAAUAGUACUUUCCAGUUUGUUUGAAAUUAGUAAUUAUUUUCACUCUAAGAACGUUUGUUCAUAUUCUUGUUUCAGAUAGUCUGUUUCAAUUCUAGGAGAGUGGCAGUUCAAGAUCCUCAUAUAUAAGACUCUGGUGUAUGUAAUCUUGAUAUCGAUGAGGAAGAAAGGUGCUAUACGCAUGUAGUAAUUGAAUUCCAGUUCCCGAGCCAACAUCACUUUUCUUGGUGGGCCUCAGAUGCAGAGGUCCUGAAGUCCUGGCUAAGGCAGGGUGAAUUCUUUGCAUAUGCACCACAGUGUUUAGGCAUUUAGCAAAUACUUUUUGGUAAAUACUUGUGUACACUUUACCUGGUGACCAGGUCUUAUUCUUUCUGUGUAAGCCUCGUGUCUAGUGCUUGUGGUCAUUUUGGGCUCAAUCAAACUUAAGGGAGCCAAGUGCCUGGAAGUCAUGAAUCAUGAUAUUGUAAACUUGAAAUCAUUCCAUUUCCAUAUACGUGCUGAAUCAAAUAUUCUAUUAAGUUAAAUUCCAGUAUUGGAAGAGGUAGCAGGUAUCAAAUAUUUUAGAAAAAUUGGGGGGACAAACUUAACAUUGAGAAUUUUAUUCUUUUAACAUGUUACUCACUGUGAAGUUGGGGAAAAGGAGCAUUAUUUAAAUUUUUUGAUAGGUCACCCAGUAGAGCUGAAGUAAUGUGAAUUUUCUAGUGAAAUUUUCCACUGGAGCAAAGUUUGACAGCCAUCUAUUGAGUGACCCUCUAAUUGUUACCGUAGGCCACAUUUUAAAGUUUUGGUUUCACUUUAUAAGGAUAAACAUUUUUCAGCAUAUAAGGAUAAACCUUUUUAAGGAGCAUGACUUUUGGAGUCCAGACUACCUUGGCAGGCUGUCCUGAAAUGAUGUAUUAAAUGGUUUCAGGCUGUAUUCGAUACGGCAUUCUGGUGAUACAGUAAAAACAAAAGAACAAAAAACCCGAAAAACUCACUGUAUUUUCUUUUUUUCUUAGGCUUAUCUCUUCUUUCUUUAAUAGAUCAGAAUAGUGUGUUUUGUUUAUUUAAAAUAAAAAUUGAGGAAAAGUUUCAAGCAUUUCUUUUGGGAAGUACCACCACUCCACCCUUUGAAUAGCUUUGGAAAAUAAUGUUUGAGCAAAUGCAAGAUUAUGUGUACCCCGAGUGUUGAAACUGAAUCUGUGCUCUUCCUGGUGGUGUUCUCAGCACUCAGUACAGUGCCUGGCAAAUAGCAGGUACCUCUGAUUAGAUUGGAUAUAUGUAAAGAGGGAAAUCACUGUUUCUGGAUCAUCAGGUUGUGCUUUAAGAAGACUACAGGGAAGAACACAUUUUCUUCUUGCCACAAAAGUUGCAAUAGAAAAUCUGUGAAGUCUUAAAAGGACCGAUGAGUAUUCUCAUCAUUGAAGCGUUCUAUGGAGGGUCCCAUAAACAGCUGGCGGAUCUGCUCCAAGAAGAGUUAGAAGACUGUGUCCUUUAUUCCCUUCCUGCAAAGAAAUGGCAUUGGAGAGCGCGCACAUCGGCUUUAUACUUCUCCCAGAAUAUUCCCAUCAGUGAACAGUACAGGAUCCUCUUUGCAAGCUCAGUGCUGAACCUGACUGAACUGACUGCCCUUCGGCCUGACCUUGGGAAGUUGAAAAAGAUUCUGUACUUCCAUGAGAACCAAUUGGUAUAUCCUGUCAAGAAAUGUCAGGAGAGGGAUUUUCAGUAUGGAUACAACCAAAUUCUCUCAUGCCUGGUGGCUGAUGUGGUGGUAUUCAACUCGGUUUUUAACAUGGAGUCAUUUCUCACCUCUAUUGGAAAAUUUAUGAAGCUGAUUCCUGAUCACAGACCCAAGGAUCUGGAAAGCAUCAUCAGACCCAAGUGCCAAGUUAUUUACUUUCCCAUCAGGUUUCCUGAUGUGAGCAGGACCUUUUCUCUUCUCAUUAACACCUCCACCAGAAUUGGAGCUGGGGAAGAGAAAGGAAAUGUUCAGACAUGUGCCUAUUUGCAUACUCACUCUCUUGAGUUAAUGCCAGGACGGCAGCACAUUCUGUCCAGUUCAAUAGAAAAGCCAGUUUCACCCCAUCGAUUCAUGCCCAAGCACAAAACAAUCCAUCUACAGAAGAUUCUCAACCUUAAAGGAAAUGGUGGUGCUGCUCCAUCGAUGACCCCUGCUUUCCACCAGGAGCAGAAAGGUUCUGAGAAUCUAUUGAAGAAUUUUAAUUCAGAGUCUGGACCCUGUAAUGCUGCACAACAAGAAAACCUGGGUAGCUCAUUAACGCAGGAGCCAGACUUGAGAAUGUGCCACUCAUCAGAUAAUUCGAGCUCUCUUCAUGAGGAAGAUAAACAAAAUACGACUUCUAGUCCCUGUGACAUUUUCGGUGGAAUUGACGAUCCACAAAGACCACUGCACAUUGUGUGGCCUCACAGGUGGGAACAUGAUAAAGAUCCAGAGAGUUUUUUUAAGGUAUUAAUGCACCUUAAGGACUUAGGACUCAAUUUCCAUGUGUCUGUCCUUGGAGAAACCUUCACAGAUGUCCCAGGUUGGAAGCUGUGUAUUGUGGUUGCUACCCACUUUGUCCCAAAGAUUUGGUUUAUCCUGAAAUAUUUCCAGCUGAAUAUCUGUAUUCUACACCUGAACAGCUUUCAAAAAGGCUCCAGAAUUUCUGCAAGAGACCAGAUAUUAUAAGAAAACAUCUUUAUAAGGUAGAUAUUGAGGAGAGAUUUACAUGGUAUAAAUGCCAUAUUGAAGUACAAAGAAAAAUCUUUUUAAAAAAAACAUUUAAUUAACAUACUAAUGUUUAAAGGAAACAUGCUAGGGAGGGAUAUUAGUUGUUACACUAACAAGGAUUAAUUAAACUGGAUGCCAGUUGUAUUAACCUAGGUCUUAUGAAAUACGUGCACUUAAUGCAUGGUACAUGCUUUUUUUUUAAUUUAUUGUUUUCUAAGAUGACUGUCCUUUACAUUUAGCCCCAAGAGGCUUAUAAAAAUGAACCUGGAUUAAUGUAACUCAUUAGUUUAAAAGGAAGUAAAGGAAAGAUUCCACAAUUAUACUAAUGAGGAUAAGCCUUUCUUCCCAUCAUAAUGAAAUCUUCAGGCCUCAAAAAUUCAGGUGAAUGACAUUCGUGAAGUUUGGUGUUCAUUUUUUAACUACUUUGAAGAUGAUUUUCAAGAAUCAAAUGUUUCCCUUAUCCGGUUUAAUAAAAUGACAUAAAAAUCCUCAGUUUGUUUAGAAUGACACUGCCCGUCUCCUCUCUGAAUGGCAAAGGCAGAAAGAAAAUAGUUUAAAGAGCAUCAUCAUGCAGUCCCCUCCUUCAUUAUCUUUUUUUUUUUUUCCGUUGUUUGAAUCAAGAAUUUUACAUUGUUGAAAUGACAACACAAAGAGGCCCUGCUAAAAGUCUAAGUAAUUGAACUGGGAUAAAUCUGCUUUAUGAGUUUGGAAGGUGGCUCUAGGCCAUGAGUAAUAUACCUUUUUAUAUUCUUUGAAUGUAGCAUCUUCAUUUUACAUAAAUUCAGUAUAGUUUACAAUCUAGCAGUUUUAUAAUCCAGUAUAUUUUAAUUUUCCUAUGUUAAUGUAUAACCUUCCUACAUGAAAUACAGUUUGCUGCCUUUUUUCUCUCCUUUCUCUUUUCAUGGCCUAAAAUACAUAUUUACAUAGUGAUACAUCAAAACAGGACUUUGUUUCUGCAGGAAACAGUUAAACUUCAAGAAAAAGGGAGAGAACCAAAAAUGCAAUUUAACACCCAAUUUCAAGCUCAUUAUCUUUCAUUGUCUAUUAACUUGGCAAUGGUUCAGAAGGUAGCUCAUAAUAGUUUAAAAUGCUGACUGAACAGUUCCAGGCUUCAGUAUUACUCCUUGAGUCAAUACGAUUGUACCGUAUACAGGGGAAGCUCCACAGAGAAAACAGGUUUACAUCCAAACUCCCUAAUUUUUGAAGUUCAGUAGCGGUCAGGUUUGUAUCAAAUGUUAAUCAAGUAGUUUUCCACGUGACAGGCUAUCAAAAUGUGCAGAUUAUGAAAAUGGAAGAAAUAGAAGUAUUUAUGUAAAUGGAUUUAUUUUCUGUAUAUGACACAGAUCUCUUCAGUGAGUUCACCAUCAAAUUACUAAUCUCUCCCCACCUUCUGGUGAAUUUUAGGUGAAGUUGUGCUUGUUUUUCGGUUUUAUUGAGAUAUGACUGACGGUACUGUGUCCGCUUACGAACCACAGUACCGCAUAAUGACUUGACAUGCGUUUAUUGUGGAAUGGUUACCACCAUACAUUUCAUUCGCAUCCAUCAUCUCAUGUAGAUACAAAAAAAAAAAAGAAAAGAAAAGAAAAAGAAAGGAAAGAAAGAAAGAAAGAAAGAAAGAAAGAAAGAAGAAAGAAAGUGUUUAUAUUCUUGUGAAGAGAAUGGUGAAGGUUUUAUAAUGCUAUUCCCACCAUCAAAAUUUAACGGUUUUUAACUUUGCUUCAGGUUAGGCCUCAUUAUCUCUGUUAGUCUUUGUUUACAAAUUUUUAACCAUUACAAAAGUUACUGUGACAAGUUACCUUUAGUUGCAAAGGAAAACAGACAUCCGGUUGAAAUAUUUUAAUAUGAUACUCUAUAACAUAGCUAUAAUUAUUUAUUUUACAAACAACUUCUGGAAAAACUCUGAAACAUUGUCAGCUCAGUGGUAAUGCUGUUAGUAUAUCAAAUUGUUCUUCGUACAGCUUAAAAGAUAACCUAUGCCUUACAUGUUAUUUCCUGUAAUUACUUUUUACAUAUGUUUUUUAGACUGAACAUCCUCAAGUAUUCCAGCUCCAAGUUUUAUAAAUUAAUAUUUCAUGUGUAAGCAUUUAUAGGAAUUUGUAUGUAUAAUUCUUUUUUAUGUAUUUUUGCCGUGGAUUUUUUUUUCUUAUAAGUCUAUUAUACGCUUUCAGAGGUGCCCUCAUUUAUAGAUCUUGAUGAUAUUAUAUCUGAAUAUUAGUCUUAAAAUUAAUAAAUUAGUCCAAGAAUUAAGGUAACCGAGCUUUGUGAUGCAUUUUUCAGGAGAAACUGGUUAAAAAAAAAAAAUACAGGAAAGGACCACAGAUUUAGUUUGGUUAUUGUAAUAGGAUGUAGAGCCAAAACAGAAAAAGGAUGCCUUCUAAAACUUUACAAUUAAGAUAUAAACAGCUAUGCUAUCUUUUCACCUUACAGUUUAUAAAUAUGCACAUUUUCAGGUGACCUUUGCCUUCACUAAAUACAAGAGAACUGUUCCCCCCAAGGCAGUAUUUUCCUUACUUUUCUUAUGCAAUGGAAGAGUCUUUUGUGUGUACUGUUAACGAGAAUGUUGGGGUUUUUUUUAGACUUAUUCCAUUGGACAGUGCUGUUUUGCUUUUAUAAAACAUAUGCUUCUAAGAUCUAAAAGGAUAGAAUGUCACUGAAUUCUUUAAUUUGCUCCUUUUACAUUUUUACACCUUACUCUCUUUUUUUGUCAAAAGUUUACAUUUUAAAAUCAUCUCAACUGCUUUUCACAUAGGGUUCACUUUAGGAUAGGAUUUUUCAUAUGGAUUCACACUUAGAAAUUUAAUGACUAGAAUAAGGCUACUAACACUUGGCUUUCUUCUCACAUGAGACAUUAUACUUUCAAUAUGAGUGAGAGUUUGGGGGCUAUAACUUGAAGCAGGAUUUGAAACAGAAUGCUAGUAACUGAAAAGCAGAAACAGAAUUGGAUACUUUUUUUUUUUCUUAAAGUGGCUCUUUCUACUACAGAACACUGUGCCCAUGACUUCUCACCUGAAAUGGUUUCAGAUUUGAAAUGUUUAAAUUCCUCACAUGCAUGCAAGUAUGUUCUCCCUCCUCCCUCUCCCUGUCUCCCUCUCCCUCUCUCUCUCUCUCUCUCUCUCUCUCUCUCUCUCUCUCUCUCACACACACACACACACACACACUUAAGAUCUUUCUUAAGAGAAAUACAAUGCAUACUGAAAUUAAAUGUUUUUUAAGCAUUUUAAAAAUCUAAAACCAUUUUCAUAAUUUAAAAAAUCUAAACCACCUCUUUAAAAAGUUUACAUCCAAGUUUAGUCAUUGACUGCAGCUUUCUCGUACUUUCAGAACACUUCCUUUUCUGAGUAGGUCAGACACAUUGGCCACAUACUUGUCACACAGAUUAAAAAUAGGUUUCAUUUCAUCCACGAUGGGGAGCUUUUUAUGACUCCAUCCUAACUUGAACACAAGAUUCUAGAAGUAAUCAUAAAAUAAUUAGCCAAGGAUUGACUUCUUAACACUAAGAAUAGUUUUCCCUUUUCCAACCCCGGUAAGCUCAAUACCAUGAAGUUGUAUUUUUGCCUCCUUUUUACUAUGUGAGUUUACUUACUGAAAAUUCCCAACAACCUUCUGAGAUCAGUUCCUUAUGUUUCUACAGACUUUUCAUCAUUAUAUUUUAAAAUGCUUUAGAGAAAAAAUUAUGGACCUUAUAUUGUUACAAAUACUGAAAAGAGCGCAGGGCACAAACAGGGCACUGUGUAAAGUAGAUACUGCCCGGACUACCCGGAUAGCUUUUCGUUCCCAUCCUAUUUCUCAUUUAUUUUUAUUUACAAAUUGAGCGAAAUUCUGAGUGGGGAAAAAAGAGAUGCGUUCUCUCCUGUGCUUUCUGAGAGUGACCUGUGUUUCUCAAGAUUGUUCAAAUGCCAGCUGCUGGUUUUUAUUCUGUUCUCCUCUUCACGUACUUCAACAUUCUGGGAACCUUUAUAACCUGCUCCUAAUUGGAGGAAAGAAGAAUUUUCAGAUUUCUGCCUAAAAAUGCCUCCAAACAAUGAUUAAGCUUACAGCUGACAUUCAGUGCGCAGAGAAACCACUUGUGGUUGUCUUAAUUCUAUCAGCCUCUGUCUACCCGGACCACAGCCAGGCCACUGUAAGUUUCCUUCAAGGGACUGGUCACUUUAUAGUCCCCUUUUAAUUCGAGAUUACACUCUAGAUGCCAAUAAGGUGUUGCUCACUUGUAUUAACACUCCGGAGUCAUUACUUGUUUCCUUAAAAAUGAAAACGUAAAAGCUUGUGACAUUUUUAGAACUUCUAAAAAUCUCUCAACUGCACGAGCACAGUUUAAGGCAACUUCCCAAUCUCUCUCCCUCCCUCUCUCCCUCCUCCCUAGUCUUCUCCCUCUCUCCUUCUUCACUUCCUUCCUUGAUUUCUUUUGGCUUGGUUUUCCUUUGGUUUGUCUAAGUAAAAUAAAAGCAAAAACCUUCAGCACAAUAGAUACACUUUUGGGUGAUCAAGAACAGUGAGAGGUUUUGGCGGCUUGUUCUUCUCUGCUACUCAUUUGUAGCCUGGCUCUAGGUGAACUUCUUAGCCUGUCUCUCUGAUUCAUCUGUAAACUUAGAAAAAAUUUUUUUCUCCCUCAAUUCUUAAUAGCAUCCCCCCCCACCCCCCGCCGAGGUACUGCUAUAAUGAAAUAACGAAUAUAAACCUGUUUGUAAACUCAAAGUGCUUUAUGCGUUUAACGUAGGAGUAAUGGCAUUUCUCUUGUGCCUUAGCCACUUAAAAGUAAAAUUCACAUUAGCAAAAACAUGGGUUAAGGGCGUUGGGUAUCUUGUGUUUAUAAAAGUUAAAAAUUGGAUGAUAAACUUUGAGCAGCCGUCAUCGCUCACAUAAACCAGGAAAUAUGUGCGCGGUGGAAUGUACCCAUUUGCGAAAAAUCGGGAGCUUUCCCGUACGGUUGAAAAUACAGUUCCACUUUAAACCAAUCAGAAACUGGGAUUUCCUGAGUUGAUGAAACUCGAGAACCAUGUACUUGGUGGCUUUUUGAAAUCUAAUUGACGUAAGUUAUGCAAAUUUGCAAUAUGAAUUUUGAACAUCCUUUCGUCUUUCGGUUGUUAAUGCUUCUUCCUUGCUUUCUCUUCUCUCCCUCCCCCUCGCAGGGUGAAAUGACUCCUUUUUCUUGGGCGGCCCUACAUGGUAAAUUCAGGUCUCUGCUUACAACAGAACCUAGGGAAGAUUUGUGACAGAUGGGGCUAAGUCACAAACUUGCAGCCUAAGGCAGAAUCUGUAGAACUUUCCAGAGUGUGCCCAUAUUUACCUGAUCAGAGAGAAAAGAAAAUCUGCAGAGGAAGCUGAGCCUGGCUGCUUGUCAUAGCUGACACAGAGCCAUCUGCCACAAACCUGUGGCGGCUUCAGAUCUCCCAUCCCUGCCACCACCCCAACUCAAAUUAAAUACAGAUUCCUAGAGACGUUAUGAUGGUUACACAUGUCCUCGGCAUCACAUGGAGGAGACUGUUCAAAAAAAUAUGUGGCCUGUUGUAUAACCGCACUCAUGUAUCCCAUAUGUGGUGCCACAUUGAAUUUCCGGUUGAAUCCGUUUUUAUCCUUUGUACUGGAUGACAUGGUGCCUGAAUUCUUUCUUUUUGCCGACACGAUGGCAGCCGAACUGCAGCUUCAAAAGCUCGCACUUGGCUGUGUUUCUACCUAGGUUGCCAGGUUAUCAUCGGAGCCUUCUUGUGUCCUCAAAGGGCCACAGGGUCUGAAGGGAGGAUCAGAAUGCUACCGGACUAAUUGGGCAGCCAUCUCAGAGUUGUUUGGGGGCAAAGGGCUGCUUUAGCACUUUUAUUUUAGCCAAUUAAUGACUCUCUGGCACGGGGGUGUUUAAGUGAAGGUAUUAAUAAGGGGUCUGGCAGGUAUUCCCAUGAUCCGCAGAGUUACAUUUGCAUUUAAUUUAUUUUAAAGUUGCGAGAUAAACAGCUGUAAUUUGGACAAACAUGGGAAAUACACUAAGUGGAGCCAUCUUGCCCAUAAAAUGAACACUGAGAUACUCGUUUCAAUUUUUUUUCCCCUGGGGUAAAAAUAGAGAAAUCAAAAUACUUCUACUAAAAACAGUAAUUUUGAUAUAAAUAUUCCUCAAAAAUAUUUGCAUCCAGCUACAAAUAUGAUCUUUUCAAGAUAAAUCACUUAUGAUUCCAAUAGUCAAGCUGCUGUAUUUGUUGAUAUAAAGAUGUUUUGAACGGCUAGAUUGUAAAAUAAAUUUUUAAUAAAGUGCCUACUGCAAUUUUUAA